CCCGGAACCCAGUUUGAAGGCCAUUGUAAAAUCGAAGGACUUUUAUUUUGAAAUGCAAGUCUGUUGUUGGCGCUCAUGGCUUCACAUGUAUGAGUAGUAGGGCGCAAAAAAUUCCCGGGAUUUUGGGGCCUAGUUACUGGCUGUCAUAUGCUGCAGUAGCAGCUGAGAGAGGGAGUCAUCAUUUAUUGACACAGAGAGGCCGGCCGCAGAAUGGCGCCUGUGUCUGAAAUGGACACGGGUCCGGUUGAAGAAAGCUCGGGGGGUCUUGAACGUUCAGACUGUCUUUGUCCGGUCUGUCUGGACAUAUUCCUGGAGCCGGUCACUCUGCCCUGCACACACACUUUCUGCAAACCCUGCUUUCUGGAAACCGUGGACAAGUCCAACAUGUGCUGUCCGCUUUGCCGAAAACGUGUGUCCACUUGGGCACGACUCAACAGCCGGAACAAGACCUUGGUCAACAUGGAGCUCUGGAGACGCAUACAGGACGCUUUCCCCACUCAGUGUGAGCGGAGAGUGCAGGGAAUUGACAAUUGUGAUGAUGCUGUGCUGAUUUCGAGACCUCGAGUAUGUCAGCCAGGAGAGCUGAGGAAAGAGUAUGAGGACCAGAUCAGCAAGCUUGUGGAGGAGAAGCGAGCUCUGGAGGAAGCCGAGCGGAGAGCCAGUGAGGAGUACAUCCAGCGCCUGCUGGCUGAGGAGGAGGAGCGUAUGGCAGAGGAGAGAAGGAGGCAGGAAGAGCAACAGCUGGAGAAUGAUGAGAAACUGGCCAGAUUGCUCAGCCAAGAACUGAAUUCAGGACCAAUCUCUGAGUCACCAUGGAACGUCAAACCUGAUGCUACGCCAGCUAAGAAGACAAAACCAAAUAUGGGGGAUAUUGAGAAGUUUUUGCGUCCAGUGUCUCAUAAACAGCCAAGCAGUUCUGACAGCAGCCCAAACUCCUCUCUGAUGGCUAAUAAGGAGAACAUUCUUAGCCCUCCAAAAACCCUCACAGCACCAUCUGUGGAGGACACAGUCAAACAGACCGUGCCCGUACUGGACUACAAUGGGAAACCCUCCACUUCCAACUUCAAUCCCAGCUGCUCAGAACACACUUUUGUUUUUAACAGUCCUAACAGCAGCUCUUCGAAAAGGAAGAGUUCAGAGAUAGAGCUUCUGAGUGAAGCCGAUCUACACACUAAGAGGCCUUGUGCUGCUCCGCAGUGUGAAUCUCCUUCAGCCAACAGCCCUUUCCUGUCUGAAAUGGCGUGGCACGAAGAGACUGCACGGAGCCGCUGGCAGCAGGAAGAAGAGGACCGAAGAUUGGCUAUGCGACUUCAGAGGGAGCUGAACCGCGAAAACACAGUGGACCGCAGGAAGGGUUCAGCCGAUAGCUAUCAGCUCCGGCAAAAAAACACUCCGGCUUCCACAAGUACAAACUCAGAUGUGGAGAGUGCGAAAAAGAACAUUAGUACGUCACGGUCGACUGCGAGGAACAGCACGGGGCGCAGGGACGAUGGGAAAACUGAAAAGAGACUGUCUGGAACAGUGGGAUCCACCCCUGCGUCUUCUCCUUCAAUGACGGUCCCGACUAGCUUGAAGAAGGGGGCGAAGCAGACCACCCUUACUGAGAUGUUCCCCAACAUGGGCAGCUGAAUGAUCCUCUGCUGCUUUGAUCUGGUUCCUCAAACACCCCUCAGACUUGAAACAGAUGUUAGUAGUUGCCGUGCUGCUACUAAAGAACGCCGUGUAGCCGUGUUCCGUUAUCUUGUUCGGUUUCUGCUCAUAUCAUAUGUUGCUAAUACUCCUUCAGUGCCUUUCCAGAGAGGUCCAUACUGUAAAGUCAUGAUAGUUUUGGAAUGGUUUUCAUUUUAUAAGCAUUUAUAAAGUCAUGACUAGCUUAGAGUUUGAAAAGUUGUGAAUGCUGCAGAAGAAAAUCUUUUUGUAAGCAUUUUCACUUUGAUUAAAUAAAGAAAAGAUUACUUUACAGAA